CGUCGGGUUGUGGGAGAAAUGAGGAAUCUUCGGGGUUGUCCCGCGAGUCACUCGAAACGUUUCCGUCUGAUGGUGAAUGAUUCAUACGUCUAUCAUCGGUAUUGGAGCUGUAAUUUUUAAUCAUUUCUUUGAAUUCUGAGUCGAUUUUUCUGUAUAAGCGAAUUCUGUGCCACAUAAGAUUAAUAUUUCAUAACACCAGUGAUUCAUUGCAAUUAACAGAAAAUAAUGGAGUCGAAAGUCAAGCCAGAAAAUGAAACUGAAUUUAAGCCGAGAGCAUAUCAGAUAGAUCUGUACGAAAAGGCAAUACAUAAUAAUACAAUAAUCUACUUACCAACGGGUGCAGGCAAGACAUAUAUAGCUGUUAUGCUCCUGAAACAUCUAAGUAGUGAUAUAUGCAAACCUUAUCAGGAAGGUGGUAAACGCAGUAUAUUUAUUGUAAACACAGUAGCAUUGGCAGCACAACAAGCAAACUAUUUGUGCAGACACACAGGCCUAAAAUGUAAAAAUUACAGUGGUGAUAUGCAGGUGGACUUUUGGAAGAAGCAAGAAUGGUUGGAUGAAAUAGAACAGCACGAAAUUUUAGUAAUGACAUCACAAAUUUUUGUGGAUAUGCUCUCACAUGGAUAUAUAACAUUAGAUAGAAUAAAUUUAAUUAUAUUCGACGAGUGUCAUCGAGCUGUAGCUAAUCAUCCCAUGAGACAGAUUAUGCAACGAUUUGAAGAUUGUCCUAAAGAAAAACAGCCACGUGUCUUAGCAAUGUCGGCAACAUUAUUGAAUGCCAAUAUAAAAAUAGACAAAAUUGAAUCUACAAUUAGGUCCUUAGAAAUAACUUUCCAUGCAAAAAUAGCGACUGUAGAAUCGAGUGACUGUAUUCAAGGAUAUUGUACAAACCCGAAAGAAGAUAUCGUUAAAUAUGCCAAAUAUCUUGCUCCAAAUGUAAUUGUAAUUGAAAAGAUAAUCCAUAUUAUAAAGACAACUAAAGAAAGUAUAAAAAACAUAAAUAUUGAUUUAGAUGAAAUAUAUAAAGAAUCUAGUAAAGAGAUGAGACCUAAAACAAAAUCCUCCAAAUUAAGUGCUAUUAUGGAAGACAUAGAAAAGGUUACCUCAAGCACAGGUAUCUAUGGUGGUAAUAUAUCAGCUUUGUUACACUUAAUUCAGUUAGAAUGUUUCAGAAAAUAUUGCAAUGAUCAAGUAACAGAUAACAUUCUAGAUUAUUUAAUUACACAAGUAAUCAUAAUAAGGAAACUAUUUGACAUUGAAAUGAAAAAUCAUACGGAAUUAGAACGAUUGUACAAAUUUUGUUCCACCCAAAUUCAUAAAGUAUUUGAGAUAUUGUUGAAUAAUAAUAAUGAAAUAAACAAACAAAAUGAAUCAAGCGAACAAAAGUUUUGCUGCAUUAUUUUUGUUAAGGAAAGAUUUAUGACUCAAGUAAUAUAUCAUAUAUUAAAAAAACUAUCUAAACAUGAUGAGCGGUACAGUUUUCUCAAACCUGAUUAUAUAAUUGGAUUCCAAAAUAAUCCUUACAAACAGAGUAGAGAAGUUGCAUGUAUUGCAAACUGGAACAAGGCAGCAUUACAUAGAUUUAAAACUGGUUCGGCAAAUUGCAUUGUAGCAACUGAUGUUGUUGACGAAGGUAUCGAUAUACCAACUUGCACAUUGAUAGUGCGAUAUGAUUUGCCAAUGGAUUUUAGAGGAUAUGUUCAAAGUAAAGGCCGGGCACGUCAUAGUAAGAGUCAUUACAUAAUCUUAAUGCCGGAUGAUGAUCAUAAUUUUCUUCAGAGAUAUUGUCAAUACAAAAAUACGGAAUCAUUAUUGAAAAGAAUUUUGAUGAGACAAAGCGAACAGCGCUCAUUGCCCACCCAAAAUGAUAUCAUGGAUUCUUUAUAUAAUGAUCAUGACAUCAAACCAUAUGUAGUAGAACGUAACGGCAUUAUAGAAAGCUACUUAACAGAGUUAUCUGCGAUUAGUUUGAUAAAUAUGUAUUGUACUAGUUUAUUGAAAUGUAAGUUUGUCCAUCUGGUUCCCAUUUGGAAAUUAGAGAGAAACAAUUUUGAAGACCACACAUUGUUUAAGAUUUCCCUUAAAUUACCAAACUUAUCGCCGUUGAAAACUGAAAUUCAUGGUGAUUUUAUGAAGAAUAUAGAUAGUGCUAAACGAUCCGUUGCUAUGAAGACUUGUAUAAAAUUACACGAGAUAGGUGCAUUAACUGAUAAGCUAUUACCUACAACUGACGAUGCAAUUAUACAAAACUUGGAUUACUUGUUUCCAAAUUGGAUAGAUGAAGAUGAUUGUCUUACUGGUACAUAUAAAAAGAAACGAGAACAUGGGCUAAAAUAUCCAAUGGCAUUACAUGGCGCAUAUCCACAGUCUUUUGAAUCACUGUAUCUUCAUGUUCUUAAUUGUACUUCUAUGUAUUCUACGACAGGUUACGAUAAUAGACGCAAAGUUUUCCACAAAUUGCUUAAUGACAAAAGUAGCUUUGGUAUCCUUUCCACAAAGACUUUGCCAAAGAUACCUUCUUUUCCGAUCUUCAUGAAGGAUGGGAAAUUAAAUGUUGACGUAAAAUCCAAUCACACGACGAUAAUAUUGGAUGAUAUUGAUAUCGAAGUUCUAAAAAAAUUUCAUUUCUUAUUAUUCAAUGAUAUUAUUCCUGUUAUUAAAAGCUUUAUGGUUUUUGAUAAUGAUAAUUUGGAAAAUUCCUUUUUAAUUGUCCCAUUGAAUGAUCAAGAGAAAAUAAAUUGGGACGUUGUCAAAACAUAUCAAUAUUUGGAACGAAUUAUGCCAUCUAAGCCAUUUCACUUUAGAACUAGCGAUUACGAAUUGGCAUUGGUUACUCCAACUUACAGAGGAUCAGCGGUUUAUAUAGUUACACGUGUGUGCGAUGAUAUGACACCUGAAUCAUGUUUUCCCAAUGAAGAUUAUGAUACGUUCAUACAUUAUUACAAAGAAAAGCACAGACUAACUAUAGAAAAUCUGGAGCAAUCUAUGCUGGAGGUGAAGCCAAUACCAGCCAAUACAAAAAUUAACUACAUAAAACCGAGAACAACCGAUGGUGCAUCGAAAUAUAAGAAAGCGGACGAUUCAUUCGAGGAUCUUCAGGAACAUUUAAUUCCAGAACUAUGUGUAAAGAUAAAUUUCCCAGCUAUAUAUUGGUUAAAAGCCACCAUGUUGCCUUCCAUUCUUCACAGAAUUUGUCAAUUCUUAAUCGCGGAAGAUUUGAGAGUAAUUAUCGCAAAUGAGGCUAGAUUAGGAACGCCAAUAUUAAACGAAUUAUCUUCCUUGAAUCUUGACGAAAAUAUGGAGAAAUUGAUGGAAGAAGAUGACUAUAAUAAUAGAAUAGAAUUUAUGGAUGAUACAAUCGAGAAAACGCAAUCGGAUCAAACAUAUUCGAAUUUAAGCUCAAUGGAAUUAGAUUGUAACUCGUCUGUGAGAGAUCAAGAACCUCAGGAUUUAUUUCGUAAUAUAGAUCAAGUCCAAAUGAUUGAUAUUCAGUAUUAUAAUCAAUUUAUAUUUUCAAACUAUGAUGAAGAUAAAAAUGUUAAGAAAAAUACAAAUAAAAGUGUUGGUCAUUACAUUACAAGAGCAAUGAUAACAGCACCAUCAUUGAAUAUUCUUAAAUCGUCUAAGAAACUUUCUCAUUCACACGGUCCGAAUUCGGAAGAAAUCAUGCAUGCCUUAACCACUAAACUGGGUAAUGAUAUGUUCAAUUUGGAGCGCUUGGAAACAUUAGGCGAUUCUUACCUGAAGUAUAUUGUAUCACUAUUUUUGUAUCAUAAAUUCCCAACAUUUAGGGAAGGUCAAUUGACGGCGGUGAAGGGAAAGAUUAUUGGCAAUCGUAAUCUCUAUUUUUGCGGCAACAAAAAGGGUAUCCCUGGGCGUAUAAAGAACGAUGCAUUUAUACCCACGAGCAAUUUUAUUCCGCCCGCAUUUACGGUGCUACGUCCAUUGCAAACGAUAUUACUGAGCGAGUCAAUAGCGCCGAACGUAUUGUACGAACUUGAAAUACCAGAACAGGAGAGAUAUGAAGGGUACAUAACUGAAAUUACGAGAGAUAAGAUGAAACAAACGGUAAUAGAUUGGGAUAAGGGAGAUAAACAAACUGGCGUCGAACAUUAUCUCGGUAUACAAAUCUUAUCCGAUAAAACUGUGGCGGAUUCAGUGGAAGCACUAAUAGGAGUUUAUUUAAAGAGUAAUGGUAUAAAAGGCGCCGCGAAGCUUCUUCAAUGGUUUGGAAUAUUGCCUGAUAUCAAGAUUGACAAAUUACUCGAUAAUAAUACAUUGGAUCCCGUAAUGGGUUGUGGCGAUCCCGACAAAUAUAUGCCGUGGGCUAAUAUCAUAGAAACCAAAUUUGGUUAUAAAUUUAAGAAUCGAGCGUUUCUGUUACAGGCAUUCACGCAUCCAUCAUACACAGCGAAUGUAAUAACUGAAUGUUACCAAAGGUUAGAAUUUCUUGGAGAUGCUAUUCUCGAUUUUCUGAUUACGUGUUACAUUUAUGAAAAUUGUGGAAAUUUAAGUCCGGGUAAGGUCACUGAUCUCAGAUCCGCGCUAGUCAACAAUAUAACAUUUGCUUGCUUGGCAGUACGAUAUGGUUUGCAUAUCGCUUUAUUAGCCUAUGCUCCAAAACUGCAUGAAAUAAUCGAUCGUUUUGUAAAAUUCCAAGAAGAACGAGACUACGUAAUUGACGACGAGCUACUAUACGUAUUGAUCGAAGAGGAUGAAUGUAAUCUAGCAGAAUAUAUUGAUGUCCCAAAAGUUCUCGGUGAUUUAUUCGAAUCUUUAAUCGGAGCUAUUUAUCUCGAUAGUGGCAAAAAUCUUACGAAAACCUGGGAAAUCAUUUAUUCUGUUAUGCAUAAAGAAAUUGAUAAAUUUAAAAGAAAUAUUCCUAAACAGCCAGUGAGAGUGAUAUAUGAAAAUACGGACAUACAUCCAAAAUUCCUACCUACGAUAUCCAUCGAUAGUAAUCAGCAUAUUAUGAUACCUUUGAAAAUCACUAUUGCUGGUAAGGAAAAAGUUUUCCAUGGUUGUGGUGUUAAUAAAAAGCAAGCCAAAUGUGCAGCUGCAAAACUAGCAUUAAAAAGACUGCAACUUGAAAAAUAAGUUUUUUACAGAUCAGUUGUUUGAUAUAUAUGUUUAUAUAUGUUUAUAUAUGUUUAUAUUUGUAAAUUUAAUACUUAUUUAGAUUUAUAUAAACAAAUUGUAUAUCUUCAUAUUUCAUGAGUCUUAUAAGUCUUAUAAUAAGAUUUUAAUAUUUGACAUUAUGCAAAAAAA